AUGCUUAAAGCAAGCGCCAUUAAUAUACUAGAUCUUCAGGCUGAGCAGGUAAACAGCUGGCUGCAAAGCUUUGACACAAUUAUCAGCGACUGUGACGCUACGCUGUGGCACGAUGACACGGCCAUUGAGGGCGCCGCUGAUGUGCUGAAUGCAUUGCAAACGCGCGCCGGCAAACGGGUCUAUCUAAUUACAAACAAUGGCCUGAAGACGCGUCACGAAUUAUUACAGCGAGCCGAACGCCUAAACUUCCAGUUACCCGAUGAGACGCACAUCAUAUCGCCAACGCAGACAAUUGUGGAUUAUCUGAGGCAGCUCAAGACAUUCGACAGCACACGACACAGCGUUUAUGUGGUCGGCAAUGCGGCUAUUGCCAGGGAACUGAACGAAGCAGGCAUCAAGAGUUUUGGCGCGGGUAAAGCGGAGAAGCUUGAACAGGACGACAGGUGGGAAGAGUUUGUGCAGAGGGAGUUUGGCCAGUCCGCAGCUGCUGUUGCCAAUGUGGGCGCCGUUGUUGUUGGCUGGGACGAGUAUUUCAGCUAUUGCAAAAUUGCGAGAGCCUGUCACAUUCUGUGUAGCAAUCCGGACUGCGCCUUUCUCGUUACAAACAAGGAUGCGGUCCACAAAUAUCCAAACGUUUGUAUUCCCGGCACAGGCGCCUUUGUUGCAAGCAUUGAGGCUUGUGCGGAGCGCAUGGCUACGGAAAUGGGCAAGCCAAAUCCAUUAGUGCUGCAACCGUUGCUCGAUGCUGAUGUCUUGCAGCCGAUUCGGACGCUUAUGAUUGGGGAUUGCUGCAAAAUUGACGUCACCUUUGCCAGAAACUGUAAUCUGCAAUCGCUGCUGGUGGGAACGGGUAGCUAUCAACUGGAAACGUUGCGUGAAAACCCCCAUCUGCCCAUGCCAGACUUUUAUUUACCGACAUUAGGCAGUCUUUUGCCAUAUAUUUAGGAUUGUUGCAUAUCAAUAAAGCGAUCGGACUAAACUACAAAAUGUUACCAUAUCAUAAGCACCAAAUAUAUAUCUUAUCUACGUAUC